GUGACAACUUGUUUGUGAAAUAAAUAAAAAAGAAAAUUAUGAUAGGUGAAAAGUGAAAAAUGUGAAACCUUCCAAAUCUAGAGUGUACAUUAGUGGAGUGAGAGUAGAGGCAGGGCAAUGUCAUUAUCUUCCAAAAGCAUCCAUCCAUCAAUUUCCUUUCAAGUUUCUCUUAACAACCUCAUUCUCACUUGCAUGCACUCCUUCUCCCUUAAUUCCCACUCCAAUUAUUCUGUCCAUUAAUUUCCUCUACAUAUACAUCUUCAAUACCCACUAAAAGCUUCAAAAUUAAUCAAUGGCACCCGACCAACGCGCGAUUAAUUCACACAUGCAACAACACUACUACUACAACAACACCGACAACGACAACGACAGCGACGACGACAACGAGGUUGUUAGCGACAUCGACGAUGAUCUCACAUACGAAGAAAGAAAAGGAGAAAUAAAAACCAAAGACGACAACAACAACAAUAACAAUGAUGUUUUCGGAGGUUCGCGGUUAAAAGAACGUUGUUCAUUUUCAUUGGGUCGGGUAUUAUUCGACCCGAGAGGAAAAUGGGUUGAAGAAUGGAACAGGGUAUUUCUUUUGGUGUGUGCGAUGGGAUUAUUUGUGGACCCAUUAUUUUUUUACGCGCUGUCAAUAAGUGACACGUGUAUGUGUUUGUUCGUAGACGGUUGGUUACUGGUUACCGUCACCGUUAUCCGUUGCAUGACGGACGCGUUACACCUCUGGAAUAUUUGGUUGCAGUUCUAUAUACACAGACGCUCCUCCUUUGGCUUCAUUCAUCAUCAUCGUCAUCAUACUUCACAUGCUCUUCAUUACUUCAAACACAACAAAGCUUUUCUGUUUGACAUUUUUGUCCUCCUACCUCUUCCUCAGAUUGUGUUAUGGGUGACAAUUCCAUCACUAUUGGAGAAAGGAUCAAUACCGCUGUUGAUGACAAUAUUGUUGAUCAUGUUUUUGUUUCAAUACCUUCCUAAAAUUUAUCACUCAGUUUGCUUUGUACGUCGCAAUCUCUCUGGUUACACUUUCGGAACCGUUUGGUGGGGAUUCGCUCUUAACAUGAUCGCUUAUUUUGUCGCUUCCCAUGCAGCAGGGGCAUGUUGGUAUUUGUUGGGACUUCAAAGGGCAGCAAAGUGUCUAGAAGAGCAAUGUGUGAAUACAUCAGGUUGUGGUAUGAGAACAUUGUGUUGCAAAGAACCUAUAUACUAUGGAAGCAAUAGCAUGGUGAAGAAAUUAGAGAGAACAAGGUUGGUAUGGGCACAGAACAGAGAAGCAAGGUCUACAUGCUUAACUAGUGCUGAUAACUAUGAUUAUGGAGUUUAUGAAUGGAGUGUUCAACUUGUAACAAAUGAUAGCCGAUUGGAAAAAAUACUCCUCCCUAUCUUUUGGGGUCUAAUGACUCUAAGCACAUUUGGGAACCUCCAGAGCACAACGGAAAGGAUGGAAGUGGUUUUCAACAUUAUUGUAUUGACUAGUGGCCUCCUUCUAGUCACUAUGCUAAUUGGAAACAUCAAGGUAUUUUUACAUGCUACAACAUCAAAGAAGCAAGUGAUGAGAUUGAAGAUGACAAACAUUGAAUGGUGGAUGAGGAAAAGACAGCUGCCACAAGGGCUCCGACAACGUGUGCGUAACUACGAGCGACAACGUUGGGCUGCUAUGCGUGGUGUUGAUGAAUGUCAGUUGAUAAAAAAUCUCCCCGAGGGUUUGAGAAGGGACAUCAAGUACCAUCUUUGUUUGGGUUUGGUGAGACAGGUGCCACUAUUUCAACACAUGGAUGAAUUGGUGCUAGAGAACAUUUGUGACCGUGUGAAGUCCCUUGUAUUUACAAAGGGAGAAACAUUAACUAGAGAGGGAGACCCAGUUCAAAGAAUGUUAUUUGUGGUAAGGGGUCACCUUCAAAGUAGCCAAGUCCUAAGAGAUGGAGUAAAAAGUUGUUGCAUGUUAGGUCCAGGAAAUUUUAGUGGAGAUGAGCUUCUAUCAUGGUGUUUAAGAAGACCUUUUAUAGAACGUCUUCCAACUUCAUCAACAACUUUGGUCACACUUGAAACCACUGAGGUAUUUGGGCUUGAUGCAGAGGAUGUUAAGUAUGUGACACAACAUUUUAGGUACACAUUUGUAAAGGAAAAUGUUAGGAGAAGUGUUAGAUAUUACUCACCUGGUUGGAGAACUUGGGCUGCUGUGGCAAUUCAAUUGGCUUGGAGAAGGUCCAAACAUAGGUUGACUUUGACUUCUUUGUCUUUUAUUAUGCCUCGUAGGCCAUUAUCAAGGUCAACUUCCUUGGAAGAGGAUAGGCUUCGCCUUUAUACAGCUCUAUUAACCUCACCAAAGCCUAAUCAGGAUGAUUUUGACUCUUCAUAACAUCAUGUUUGUUGAAAAUGAAUUAUAGUUUGAAUUCACCUUUAUAUUCAUAGUACCGCUUUUCAAUUAUGCUAUAAAGCUACAAAUUAUAGUUUUCAUGUAAAUGUGAAUUUCAAAUGUGAUUCUGAAGUUUUCCAAACAUAUUCUUAGUGUAGAUCGCGUAGUAUGUUGUUUAUGUAGAUUUUGAAUUAAUUACACUUUUGAUAUUUAUUUUGACUA